AAGCCUCCUUCAAACUUUCACUCCAUGGACUAAAAGGCUCCUUCACAUCACAUAAGGCUACUUUGGGGAUUUUCUUGUUUUACUUGAAUUUUCUUUCUUUGUGUGUGUUUUAUUUUUAUUUUUUGGCCGACGAAAUGCAGGCUCACUUGACUGGCUUGCUGUUGCUGCUGUGCUUCACCUGCAGUGGACUAUGUGCAGAUAUGGAGCAGGAGCAACGAUCGAUGGGAGAGGAUCUCUUCAGCAGCCUCUUUGCCUCUAAGCUGAAAGAGACAGGGAAGCAGAGCGCCCCCUACUGGCGGCUGUCGCUGGAAAACCUGUGCAGGCUGUCAGGCAUUCUGCGGCACGACGUCGAGGGGGAAGAAGAAGCGUGGUGGAAGAGCAGAGAGGAGGAUGAAGACGAGGAGUCGGAGGAAGAAGAGGAGGCAGAACAGCAAAUAGUGAUGAGGGAGUGGAGCAAUCAAAGGCUGGAGGAACUCUACAGCCUGAAGCACAUCUGCAGGGCGCUGCUGCACAGUCGCCAGGGAAGGCUACGCCACGAGUCCCGCGAAUACAUGUUGGGAAAUGAUGGCGACGCGCCACUCAAGCGCAAGUCGCCGUACAUCCUAAAGAGGCAAGCAAGCCACGCAGCCAAGUCUCGGAGGCCGUACAUCUUGAAACGAAGUGACAUUUACUGAUUUCCCGUCCAAUCUGCUGACUUGUUCCCGCACUGCCACUCCUCUCACUAAAAAAAAUAGUCCGGCAUCACAUUGGAUGAUAAGCUAUAUUUCUUUAUUGACACUUUUCUUUGGAUUUGUUUAUGUACAUCAUUAAAGA